AUGGCAACAUCCAUCAAAAAAGUUCCAAAACAUGUCUAUGUUUCUUAUACUGAAAGGCAAGUCAUAAGUUUGGUAAAUUUAUCAAAAAUCGAUGCUUUUCAACAGCAAAUAGCUAAUACAAAUAAGGUGUCACUCUUAAUUGAAAUUUGUGAUCAGUAUCCAAUAGUAUAUGAUAUUCUAUGGGCACUUUCAUUCAAUAAUGAUAUUCAAGAACAACUUCGUUCAAAUACAUCAUUUAUAACAAAACUAGCUUAUCUACCAAAAGAAUCUGAUCAUCAAAUACGAAAAAUUGCAUAUGGAAUAUUAUGGAAUUUGGAAAUAAACCAUGAAGAUCGUACAAAAUUAGCAAUUAGUAAUGAAAGAAGCUUCGAAAUUAUGAUUAGUUAUUCACAUAAAGAUAAAAUGUUUUGUAAGCAAUUAUAUGAUCAACUUAUUAAAUUAGGUUAUCGUGUAUGGAUUGAUUUUGAUCAAAUGCAUGGUAAUGUUAUGGAUGCUAUGGCACAAGCAAUUGAACAAUCAAAUACAAUUUUAAUUUGUAUGAGUGAACAAUAUCAAAGAAGUAAUUAUUGUCGAGCAGAAGCAAAUUAUGCAUUUCAACGUCGAAUAAGAAUCGUUCCAAUUCUUUUACAACAACAUUAUAAGCCCGAUGGUUGGUUGUUAUUUCUAGUUGGUCAAUUACUUUAUGUUGAUUUUACUAAAUAUGAAUUUUCACAAGCUAUGGAAAUGCUAAUCAAAGAACUGAAAGCUCCAGUCAUCUGUGAAAUAUGUUCUGCAAAUGUCUAUUCGGAAGAAGAAGUUAAUGCUACGAUUCCUACGAAACAAAUGUCAUCAGAACCAUCAUUAGCGCUAAUACUUCCGGAAAAUAUUCUCGACUGGAAUCAAACAAAUGUUCAUGAUUGGCUGACUGGUCAUGGUUUGUUGCAAAUGUCUCGUUUAUUCGCUAAUUUUAAUGGUAGAAGUUUAAUGUAUAUGAGUGAACUCAUAGAAAAUGUUGAACUUCAACAAGUUGUAUCUUUAUUACAAGAUGAUUCUCUUCGACGAACAAGUCAAAAUUUAUCAUUAGUUGAAUUAUCUCAUUUUCGAUCUGUAUUUAAUAAACAAAAACAAUCUUUGACGUCUACCAUCGUUACCGAAUCUCCAAAAGUAAAAAUUGACGAAUUAGAAAGAAAAUCUUUCUUUUAUUGUCAAAUAAUUUAA